AUGGACAACACUUCCAAGAUAGCCGCAUUGAAGACGCCCAAGACCACCAUUGCAUCUCGACGGCCAAUGCUGAAUUCUCAAAGAUCAAUGUCUGUCUUAUCCAUCAAUACAAGUGCAACGCAUCAUGACCUGAUGAGAAGAAACAGCUCAUCAAUGACCACAAGUAAUAGACAUCGAUCAGGCAUCCACGCAUCUUCUACACCACCCCCUCCUUUACCUACAUUGGCUACUAGCACACAGAUGAGCCCAGAAGAGCUUUCCUCCAAGAUUGCGGAUAGCUUUCAGCAGUUUUCCAGUAUGCUAUCCCAAUUAUCCACCAAUACAACAUUACAGCAGAAGCAUCAACGUACUCAUAAUGCGGCAGUUGCGAAAUCCGGCAUGGUUACAACACCAACAGCUCCUGUCACACCACCACCAACACUGCCACCAUUACCCUCUGCAAAGUCGACUUUGGUCAGACACCCCCCUUCAUCGUCUCCGCAACCACAACCACAGCAACAGAAACAGCAGCGAAGAUCUAUAGAGAAAUCAAUCAAGAAAAAGACCAAGAAACCAGCAGCACUAGUUACCACAUCGCACGAGCACACGGAUUGCCAAGAUGAUAAUGAGGAGGACGCUAUUAAAGCAACUAAAUUAGUUGAAAUUUACUCUCGUUAUGCAGUUUUUAAUGAGCAUGACAAUUUGGAUGAAAUACCACUACUACAUGGCAACACAAGACUCCGACAUUGCUUGCUAAUUAAGUGGUUCAACCGUGCUGCUUCCAUUGGCGACCUUGACACCAUGAAACGCAUGCUAGCAACAACCCAAGUCAGUAUCCACGACACAGACGACACAAAGACCGGCAUCACAGCACUGAUGUACACUGCUUAUUUUGGCCAUCUUCAAUGUUUGCAAUUACUGCUAAAUCACCAAAAGCAGAAUAACAUGGACACCAUCAAUCAACAAGACAAAAAGGGUUGGACAGCGUUGAUUUGGGCUGUCCAUGGACAUCAACUGGAUGCUGUGAAAGUACUGCUGGAUCACGGUGCCAACAAGUCCAUCAAGACGAAGCAGGCGAGAACCGUGUAUCAAUACCCCACCCUACAUUCAAUCAAGGAGCUGCUGGGCGAGCCAGAGGUCUCUAUGCCUGUGCCUGUGUCUGAUGCUGCUGCGAAUACCACGAUACCUGCCCCGACACUCACGCCACCACCACAGCCUACCGAACUAUUGGAAUCGCCUACUACACCAACACCCACUACGGCAAGUAUACCCCAUCACGACAUGUAUUACCAAGCAUCUGUAGACGGCUACAACCAUUUUCUCAACCAUCAUCAGCAUACAAAAGCCAAACUUGCGUCUUCAUCUGGUUCCACAACAACGAACAGGCCCACUGACAGCCCCAAAUUAACGCCACCGGAUUUCAGCCAGCUGUUGUCCAUCACCACACCACCCAAACAGCAACAGCAACAGCGAAACAAGGAAAUUUCGUGUGCUGUCAUGACACAGGAGGAAGAGGAGGAUCUCAAGCAAUGGGAAGCUUCUGUGAAAUCACUGAGCACCUUUUCAUGGAAUCAAUGCUUGCCGGAUCAAAUGUUUGUGUUUAGUCAGGACGAAAUGCACUACAUAUUAGACCAUGCUCUUCAUGUCACUGAUACCAAAUCACUCGCCAACAAAAAUGCACUGGACAACGCGUUGUGGCAACCAGCCAACAUUGUGUUCCUGAGCGCUCGAUUUGCCCACUACUGCUCUAGCAGGGAUUUAUUGGCGUUGUUACUCAAUACUACCGCAGCUAAGCUUUCAAGGAUCAUCAAGGCUACUUCUCGAGAUACACAAGGUUUGGCUUUUUGGAUUGCCAAUAUGUGUCAGUUAUCCAGCUACUUAAAAAAGGAUCCCGGCCUCUCCAUCUCCACCAUUGACACGCAAGAAACGCUAUCAGCAUUGAUCUCUGAAGCGUACACCUAUUAUAUAACAGAAUCACAAAAGAGAUUGGAAAAGUUCCUCCCAGUCGUGAUGGACUACGAGCCAAUCCACGAACUGAACCAGGUGGACUUUGCAGACGACUGGCAGAGAUUCUUUAGAAGGAGUAGCUACACUUUGAGUAACAGAAAGUCAAUUGACGUUCUAUCUACCACAAACACUGCAACAACAAAUAGACCGGAUUCGUCAGAGAGAAAAUACUCAUUGGACGCUGCUUCCUUGAACAGCUUGGACGAGACAGCAUCCACACCACAAUAUAUGACACUACUAUUGACAGAGCUACAACGCACAUUACAGUCGUAUCAUGUCCCUCCAGCCAUUGUGAUCCAGGCCAUAGCACAGUUCUUUCACUACCUGUCCUGCGAGAUGUUCAACCGUGUUCUGACCUACAAGAAAUACCUGUGCCGCUCCAAAGCACUGCAGAUUCGAAUGAAUCUAUCCGCAUUUGAAGAUUGGAUCCGUAUUCAAAAGCUACCUACAUCAUUGAACCAGUCAUUCGAGCCCCUUGUGCAAUUGCUACAGCUGCUCCAAUGCUUAUCUCAGCUGGAUGAUGUGCUAUUGUUUAGUAGCACAAUCCAGACAUUCGAUAAAUUAAAUGCACUGCAAGUGAAACGCUGUGUACAAAACUACCGUUAUGAAGUAACUGAAUCUCGAUUACCGGAUCAGGUAACUGAACUGGCCAAUCAGUGGGUGGUAGAUCAUCAACAUCAUUGGCGUAACCAGCGAAAAGCAUCGAUCGAGAUUGACGAGCGAGAGACCCGAGCCAGACCCACUAGCAUAUCUAGCCUGAAUAGUCUCUUGACACCUACAAACAAAACCAUGCAUGAACUGGAAUCACCUACCACUAGUAUACCCGUACCGCCAACAUCAGCAGAGGAGGAAAAACGCAAUUCCAAGUAUCUAUUGCCAUUUUCGGUGCUGGAGACCACCGCGCUUCUUCAAGGUUGGACAAACGAACAACACAAAUAUUUGAAUGAGAAUGAUAUCAUGCUGUAUUCCGACACAAUUUACAAGGAGAUCAAACUCAAGAAGCAAGAAGAAUUCAAUGUAUUGGACAAGAUAUUCCCAACCAUCACUGAGGAAUGGUUGUAUUCCAUUGACAAAUAA